AAAGAAAAAAGGUAACUGUGAGAGUAGCGACAUAUAAAUCAGCACCCCCACCGCAUAUGCUAAUGUCACUGCCAUUAAGCCAUUAAUACAUACUACACUCAUCUCAUCCAUCCUCUCUCCUCUGGCCUCUGUCUUGUCUAUGCUUGACACAACUCCUCGUUUCUGCAAAAGAAAAAGAAAUACUACUAAACCACAAACAAAUAAGAAUUGAAACUGUUUCGCACUCUCUCUGCAACUUCACACGCACAAACCCAAAAGAGAGAGAGAGAGAGAGAGAGAGAGACUGGCGACCGAGCGAACCGAAACAAACAGACAAAAAAGAAAACUUGGGAGACAGAAAGCAAAGACACCACUUUAAUAUGUCAAACACAAAUCCCUCCUCAUCAACAUGACCCAACACCAACAAUGCCCUCCUCAUCAACAAUGCCUCUCUCGCCGGACCCUCCCUUCCUCUGCGCCGAUGAGGCCGCCAUCGCCGGACUCCUCGACGCCGAGCCACACCACAUGCCGGAAAAGGACUACCUCCGCCGCUGCCGCGAACGCUCCGUCGACGUCACCGCCCGCUUGGACGCCGUCAACUGGAUCUUAAAGGUCCACGCAUACUACGAGUUUUCCCCAGUAACGGCGUUUCUCUCCGUCAACUAUUUCGACCGUUUCCUCUCUCGAUGCUCUCUUCCGCAACAAAGUGGUGGGUGGGCGUUUCAGCUGUUAUCAGUGGCAUGUUUGUCUCUAGCAGCGAAAAUGGAGGAGUCCCAUGUGCCUUUCUUACUGGACCUGCAAUUGUUUGAGCCCAAGUUCGUCUUCGAGCCCAAAACGAUUCAGAGAAUGGAACUCUGGGUUAUGUCUAAUCUCAAAUGGAGACUCCGCUCUGUCACCCCCUUCGAUUAUCUUCAUUAUUUCAUCUCCAAGCUUCCUUCUUCCUCUUCUUCCCAAUCCUUGAAUCACUUUUUCUCCACUUCCUCCAACCUCAUUCUCAGCACCACUCGUGUGAUUAACUUCUUGGGAUUUGCGCCAUCCACCGUCGCAGCCGCCGCCGUGCUCUGCUCCGCCAACGGCCAAUUGCCGCUGAGUUUUCAUGACAGAGUAAACGAUGAAAUGGUGAGAUGCUGUCACCAACUAAUGGAGGAGUACGUGGUGGACACGUGUCCCGCAUCCGUUAAAGCCAGAAUAACCGAGCCGGCGCCGCCGUCCAGCCCCGUCGGCGUGCUCGACGCCGCCACCUGUGGGAGCUGCGACACACCUUCCGAUAGGAAUUUCGCUGGGCCGCCAAAUAAACGGCUUCGAUCCUCUGCUUCGGAUGCACCGCAGCGGUAGAUAACACCGGAACUUCACUUCAUUCCCGGCAUCAUAUAUCAUAUAAUUCACAUAUUCAUUAUUACAAUCACAAUAUAAUAUAUAAAUGUCUCCCUUUCUUGUUUAUCUUUUGUCAGGGAGAAAGAGGUUUCUUACUGUGGUUUUUGAAUUUUAUUUAUCAACUUACUAUAUUAUAUUUAUAUCUUCUUCUUGGUUAUAUAAAAAGACCAAGGUCUAAGAUUUGGUAAUCUUGGUUCGGCUAAGGGUAACUUCUUCAACUGUUCAUUUAGAAAUUUUAAUGUAUUACUAUUAUUGUUGCAUAA